AUGGAACAGAGUACGAUGAUGCUUGUGCUCACUGCCAGAAAAACGGUCAACACUCCAACACUAUUCAUGAGAGUGGCACCUCACGCAGGUCACCAAACUACGCUUACCGAGACAUCCGAACAGGCAGAAUCAUUGCCCAUCGAAGCAAGACUGGAUCAGUCAACUGAAAAUGAAAUAUCUAUGAGCCCGCAAUUAAUAACUACUUCAAGCGCAUCGAAAGGGAAGGAGAAAGAAUGGUCUGCCUCUAUCGAGACAGUACGAGGCAAGGAAAAUGUACCCGUCACUUUGGGUCCCCUGAUCCGAGAUCUUUGA